GGCACUAAGACCGAAUGACUAACCGACAAUCGAACAAUGAAUUUCGCGACCUUACACGUUUCUACACCACAAUUAAUGACGAGCGCAUUAAUUUACAUUCAAGGCGAUAAUCACAAGCAAAUCAAAUGUCGUGCACUCUUGGAUACUUGCGCCACUGCUAAUUUUAUUACGGAAUCGAUGGUAAAUCGUUUAAAAUUGCCUGUGACGAUGCAAUCGUUAUCAAUUAGCGCAAUUAAUGGCACAAGCACUGAGUCGAAAGGCAUAGUGCAUAUCACAAUACAAUCCAUACACGACGAUUUUACAAAAAGUCUGACGUGUUUAACAAUUCCGUCGAUUACCGAUUUCGUUCCAUCCGAAACAUUCCCACGUAACUCAGUUAAAAUACCGCGAAAUAUCAGACUCGCAGAUCCAGACUUCCAUUUACCGCAGCCGGUCGACUUAUUAAUCGGUUCCGGAGCGACGCUUUCCUUGUUCGCAGUCGGUCAAAUAAGUUUAUCAAACGAAAAACACGAUCUUUACAUACAAAAGACGCGACUCGGAUGGGUAAUCGCCGGGAAUGCGACAUCACAAAGACCAGCAAAUCCAAUAUGUCAUUUAACGCGUUUAGAAGAAUUAAUCUCUAAAUUUUGGAAAAUCGAAGAGGUCGCGACAAAUAAAUCACUUUCCCCAGAGGAAAUCGCAUGUGAAGAACAUUAUCAAAGAACAGUAUCGCGUAACGAAGACGGUCGAUACAUAGUUCGCUUACCGUUUCGAAAAAUUAACGCCCGUCUCGGCGAUUCCCGAGUCAUCGCGCUUAAACGUUUAUCGGCAUUGGAACGCAAACUUAACGCGAACAGUACAUUAAAAAUCGAGUAUACUAAAGUAAUAGACGAAUAUAUAAAUCUAAACCACAUGUCCGAAAUCGAGGAACCUGAAGAUGACGGUUAUUAUAUGCCUCAUCACUCGGUAAUUAAAGAAUCAAGCAAUACUACGAGAGUGCGAGUAGUGUUCGACGCAUCGGCAAAGACAAGUAACGGUACAUCUUUAAACGAUACGCUGAUGGUAGGCCCGACCGUACAAGACAAGUUAAUUUCGCAUUUACUUCGCUUCCGUUCUUACAAUUACGUCUUAACAGCAGACAUCGAAAAGAUGUACAGACAAAUACUCGUACACGACGAAGAUCGACGCUAUCAGCGCAUAUUAUGGCGCAAAAACGGGAAAAUAAAAACGUUCCAAUUAAAUACGCUCACUUUCGGGAUUGCAUCUUCGCCGUUCCUGGCAAUUCGAACCAUCCAAAAACUAGCAGACGACGAACGAUCGUCAUAUCCGCGAGCAGCCGAAGUAAUCGAGUCACAUUUAUACGUAGAUGAUCUAUUAACCGGCACUGAGACAAUAGACGAGGCUCGAAAAUUACGAGACGAUAUAAUAUCAUUACUAGCUCUCGGCGGGUUUAGUAUAAGACAGUGGGCGUCCAACGACAAACGCGUAAUUAAUGAUUUACCGAUGAACGCGUUACACGAGAAUUUCGCGUUAAAUACAGAUCGCGCUCUAAAAACAUUGGGCGUAUCGUGGAAUACACGCGAUGACGGAAUAUAUUACUCGACGAAUCCGAUUAAAAAUAUCGGAAAAAUUACCAAAAGAAGUAUAUUAUCCGAAAUCGCGAAGAUAUUUGAUCCUUUAGGAUUAUUAGGCCCGAUUAUUCUAUACAUUAAGAAAAUAAUGCAAGACGUGUGGCGGUGUGGUCUACAGUGGGACGAGUCUGUGCCACAAAACAUAUAUACCGAAUGGUUAGAGUUUAUAAAACAAUGGGAAGCAAUGAGUCGAGUUUCCUUCCCGCGUAAACUGCUAAUUGAAAAUUGUCAAGACGUACAAUUGCACGGAUUUUGUGACGCGAGCAAUGUAGGCUACGGUGCAUGCAUAUACGUGCGUUCGACGGGAGAAUGCGGAGACACAAUAGUUAGACUACUGUGCGCAAAAUCGCGAGUAGCACCAUUAAAAACAGUCACUAUACCACGGCUUGAGUUGUGCGGCGCAUUAAUAGUAGCGCAAUUAUACAAAGAAAUAAAAGACGUGCUAGAUUUUCCCAUAAACAAAAUCGUUUUUUGGUCGGACUCGACUAUAGUAUUGCAUUGGUUAAACACAUCGUCGUACUUAUUAAAGACGUACGUCGCGAAUCGCGUAGAAAGCAUUCAGGAAAUCACCGGAUCACAUGAAUGGCGACAUGUCAGAACUGCAGAUAACCCCGCGGACGCAAUUUCGAGAGGACAAUUACCACGAGCGUUUACCCAGAAUAAGGUGUGGUCGUCCGGGCCUUCGUGGUUGGUCGAGGAGGAAGACAAAUGGCCAAAACAAGAUCCCCAAAUAAUUGAAAUACCAGAACUAAAAAAGAAUGUAUGUCUAAUAACCGAGGCACACGAUUUCGGAUUCGGAUUAAUUAAUAAACAUGCCUCCUAUUACAAAUUGCGUAAAAUUGUCGCGUACUGCCGUCGUUUCCGGCCCCGUAAUGAAUACUCCGGUCCAUUACACGCGAAGGAGCUAGACGAAGCCGAAAUUCGAGUAUUAAGGUGGCUACAGGCUAGCCGUUUCGCCGACGAGAUCGCGAAAUUAAAAAAGAACAAUUUGAGUCACACAAAUAAAAUCGCGAAGUUGAACCCAUUUUUGGACGAAAACGGAGUAAUCAGAGUCGGAGGACGGCUACAAGCCUCGAAUAUGUCUUUCGCGCAAAAACAUCAGAUUUUGCUUCCUAGCCGGCAUAGCUUAACUGAUAGUAUUAUUCGCGAAACACACGAAAGACAUUAUCAUCCCGGUAUAGUAACUACAUUACACCUCGUUCGUCAAAAAUUUUGGUUACUCGAUGGCAGGAAUCAAGUACGGAAAAUUAUACGCUCCUGCGCGCGUUGUUUCCGAUUCAAUGCCCAAGUAGUCGAGCACAAAAUGGGAAAUCUCCCAAUCGCACGCGUACAGGAAGCAAUACCGUUCACUAACACCGGUAUUGAUUUCUGUGGGCCGUUUUACAUUAAGGAAAGAAAGUAUAGAAAUCGAACGCGAAUCAAGGUAUACAUCUGCAUAUUCGUGUGCAUGUCAAUCAAGGCGGUGCAUCUCGAACUCGUGAGCGAUUUGUCGUCCGAGGGUUUUAUUGCAGCGUUGCGACGAUUUAUUGCAAGGCGCGGAAUGCCAGCGCAUAUUCACUCCGAUAACGGCAGCAAUUUCGUGGGCGCGAAUAACCAACUCAAGGAACUGUAUGCGUUGUUCAAUUCUGAACAACAUCAGACCGUUCUAAAUAAAUUCAUAAGCGAUCAUAAAAUUACAUGGCACUUUAUACCUCCCGCCGCUCCACAUUUCGGUGGAAUUUGGGAGUCGAUGGUUAAACUUUUCAAACACCACUUCAAACGAGUGGUAGGAGAUUCGUUAUUCACAUUUGAACAAUUGAAUACAUUUAUUACUGAAGUCGAAGGCAUUCUUAACUCACGGCCGAUCACAUCUCUAUCAUCAGAUCCGAAUGACUUGCUUGUGUUAACCCCCGCUCAUUACUUAAUCGGCAAACCGUUGACGACCCUUCCGGAGGGCGAUUUGUCAUGUGUUCCAGUUAACCGGCUAUCUGUUUGGCAACACAUCUCGAAGAUCCGACAGGACUUCUGGGCUCGAUGGAACCUGGAGUAUUUAAAUGAACUCCAAAUCCGGAACAAAUGGACGAAAGAUGGACCCAAGCUCGAAGCGGGGAGUAUUGUCUGCAUAAAGGACAAAAAUCUGCCCUGUAAUCAAUGGAUGCUAGGCAGAAUCGUAGAAACACAUCCGGGCGCAGACGGAAUAGUACGAGCCGCCUCCAUAAAAACUGCAACCGGCAUCAUCAAGCGAGCGGCAAGGGCCUUAUGUCCACUUCCCAUCGAGCGAUAGCCAUGUAAUGAUUUGCGUAAAUACAUGAUCAAACACAAUAUGCGAAAAACCACUGUAAGCGUUAUCACGGAUCGACUCAGGACGUCAGCCCCUUGACAUUGUCGUGAAAACAAUUGUAAACCGAUCCCAAGAUUAUAACCAUUCGAUUUAUAAACUCAUCAUUUGAAUGUACAAAUAACAUUGAUUACAUUAUGCGAAUAGUUGAUCGGCUCACCCUCUCAACGGGGGGAGUAUGUUAUGUACACACACACACACCAAUGUCGUGCACGACCCACACUUACACAGUUCGAUAAUGUCAAAAUGACCAUUCAUAGCUAUGAAUCAUAUUAUAUAUUUCACUUUCUAAAAAACGAACGAUAUAAUUCAUAGCCGAGGAGAUAACGGGCGAGUUUCGGACAAUUGCCGAAUGUUUGUACACAUGCAUUCCUUGAAAGGCGAUAAAGGGUCCGACGCCGCGGCGUCGGACUCUUAAACCAUAAAACGAUGACCCGGAAACGGCUAUUGUCGCGUUCGUCAUCCUAGGUGCGGCGAUCGUUGUCUUAGUUGUUCACAGCUCAUUCGUCAAACUAAAAACUGGUCGGUUUCGAUUUGUUAUCCUGGACGUACGCCUACCCGACCUGAGUGCCAAUCAGGACGAAGGGUCGGGAAUCAGAAGUUAUAAGAACGGCGUGCCCAAGGAUGAGGGAUCGAUUCCAUCAGAUUACGAAACGCGCAACAGAAAUCGCUCGAACGUGUCAAGUCCGAGCCUAGCAGUGUCCGAACGGUCCGAUCUUCCUCGACUAAGAAUAUCUAAGCGAGUUCGCGACUCGGGACAGCUACCCCUAGGCGUCGUCUCUUUAGACUCAGGGCCGCUGCUUCCCUGAGGCGUUUGUCGCGACGAAGCGUGUCAUCUCACGCACAUACAAAAUAUCACGUCACACGUGAACAUUGAUUAUCAUGCGAGUGGAUUGAACCUUUGUUACUUCUCAAAAAAUAAAUUCAUAAACGAAAGACGAAACUCAGUGAGUGAAUUUUAAGUGA